CUUCCUUUCUCCAGUGGAUGGGCCUACUGAUAGGUAAUAAAUGUAGGUCUCCAAAGGAUCACAUUAAUUGCUUCCAAAGGAAAGUCAAAUCUCCUCAAUGAACCCAGCAACGAAGAAGCAGACUCCUCUUUUAAACACUGAAUUCAACAAACAAACCACAAUAAAAAAGAAAAAAGAAAAACGAAAUCUGUAUUCAGUUUUUACAACAAAAUGGAGAUUUCGUAUACUUACUGUGCAAAUUUGUUGUUUAAGUUCCUUCCCGGAUUGUUUCUCUUAUGCAUGAUCACGUGCCCGGAAUCCACAUUCGGAAACAAAUCUGAUCGCCUCGCUCUGCUGGACUUCAAGAGAAGAAUAACAGAAGAUCCUCUCCGUAUCAUGAACUCAUGGAAUGAUUCGGUCGAUUUGUGCAGUUGGGUUGGCGUUACGUGCAACCAUGCGAACAAAAGAGUCAUGAUCUUGAACUUGGAAGCUCAAAAAUUGGUAGGCUCCGUUCCGCCUUCAAUCGGAAAUCUUACUCAUCUUACUGGAAUCAACUUGAUAGACAACAACUUCCACGGUGAAAUUCCUCAAGAAAUCGGACGUCUACUAGGCCUGCAGUAUCUCAACCUGUCUUCGAAUUCUUUCGGCGGGAAAAUUCCAGCUAAUAUAUCUCACUGCACGCAGCUAAGAAUGCUUGAUGUUGGUGUAAAUAAGCUUAUUGGGUCAAUUCCGAACCAACUCAAUUCGUUGUUGAAUUUAACUCAUUUUUGGGUUGAUGAAAACAAUCUCACUGGUGCAAUUCCGGAUUGGAUAGGAAACUUUUCUUUCUUGUAUGCCCUCUCUCUUGCUAAGAACAAUUUUGAAGGAAGCAUACCAAAUGCAUUCGGGCGGUUGACAAGCUUGGGAACAUUCGUAAUUCCAGGAAACAAACUUUCCGGUACGGUUCCUUCUUCAAUCUAUAAUAUAUCGUCGUUAUACUAUAUAACAUUUACUCAGAACCAGCUGCAGGGAGAGCUACCACAAAAUGUGGGGACUACUCUUCCUAAUCUUGAGAUAUUUUCUGGUGGUAUCAACAAAUUAACCGGAAGUAUUCCUGUUUCAUUGUCAAAUACUUCUAAACUUCGAAUUCUUGAUUUUGCCGAAAAUGGCCUCACGGGAAAAUUCCCUGCUGAAAGUUUUGGGACUUUGAAAGGGUUGGUGAGACUAAACUUUGAUGACAAUAGGCUGGGAAGUGGGAAAACAGGUGACCUGAGUUCUCUCAGUUUUCUGGCCAAUUGUACUAAUCUUGAGGUGCUUAGUUUUAGUCGUAAUCGUUUUGGAGGGGAAUUGCCAGAGUCCAUAGGCAACCUUUCUACGAAACUGAGAAUUUUUACAAUGGGGGGAAAUUUAUUACAUGGAAGCAUCCCUACCGGGGUUGUAAAUCUUGUAAACUUGACCAACCUAGGAAUGGAACAAAACUAUCUUGGUGGUAGUGUCCCUGAUGUGAUCGGUAAGCUUCAGAAGUUGCAGGGGCUGUAUUUGAAUCUUAACCAGUUCUCUGGGACAAUCCCGUCGACAUUAGGCAACUUGACUUCAGUCACAAGGCUCUUCAUGGAGGGGAAUAGGUUUGAGGGAAGCAUACCUCCGAGUCUCGGGAACUGCCAAAACUUAUUGAUGCUUAACCUUUCUAGUAAUCAGUUAAGUGGCACCAUACCUAAGGAGGUUAUCGGGCUUUCAUCUCUUUCAAUUUCUUUGUCCAUGUCGAACAAUUCUUUGACUGGUUCUCUACCAUCUGAAGUGGGCGAGUUGGUACAUCUCUCAGAGCUAGAUGUAUCAGGAAACAAGUUAUCAGGUGAAAUCCCCAUAACCCUUGGCAGCUGUGCUAGUUUGGUGAGCCUGCAUUUGGAAGGUAACCAAUUUGAAGGAACAAUUCCUCAAUCUCUGGCCAACUUAAGAGGCUUGGAAGAAAUAGAUAUUUCACGCAAUAAUUUAUCUGGCCAGAUUCCUGAAUUUUUAGGUAAGCUUAGAGCUCUAAAGCAACUCAAUAUUUCACAUAAUGAAUUUGAGGGUGAAUUGCCCACAGAAGGGAUAUUUUCAAAUGCGAGUGGUUUCUCGGUUCUUGGAAAUAAUAAGCUCUGCGGUGGCAUCCGAGAUUUACGUCUACAUGUAUGCACUAGCAAAUCUCAAGGACUACUUUCCCCGAAAGUAAUGAUCCCUCUAACUUGUGCAGUUGCAUUAAUAAUUACUCUGUCAUGUUUCAUUGCUGCUUGUGCAUUGGUGAAAAGGUCAAGAGGUAGACCUUUAACUUCACGUUCUAAUGAAGAAUCAAAAUUAGGUGUCUCUUAUUUACAACUCGUUGAAUCAACCAACGGGUUCUCUCCAGAAAAUCUCAUUGGUUCGGGAAGUUUUGGUUCUGUAUAUAGAGGAGUCCUCUCUGGUAAUGGCAUGAUAGUUGCCAUUAAGGUGUUAAACCUUCAACAAGAAGGAGCUUCCAAGAGUUUCAUUGAUGAAUGCAAAGCUUUAAGAAGUGUAAGGCACCGCAAUCUUCUCAAGAUCAUAACUGCAUGCUCGAGCAUUGAUAUGCAAGGUAAUGAUUUCAAAAGUCUAGUUUACGAGUUCAUGGAAAAUGGAAGCCUGGACACUUGGCUGCAUCCAAGGGACGACGAACAAUCUCCAAACAAGAGAUUAAGCCUUACCCAAAGACUGAAUAUAGCCAUUGAUGUCGCUUUUGCACUAGAUUAUCUACACCACAAUUGUGAAACAUGCAUUGUUCAUUGUGAUUUAAAGCCAAGCAAUAUUCUUCUUGACGAAGAUAUGGUUGCUCAUGUUGGUGACUUUGGCCUAGCAAAGUUCCUCUUGGAGGCAUCAAAUGGUACAACCUUGUCAGUAGGGCUAAAAGGUUCCAUAGGCUACAUUCCUCCAGAGUAUGGGAUGGGAGGACUAGUCUCCACACAAGGAGAUGUUUAUAGUUAUGGGAUACUGUUGCUAGAAAUGUUCACAGGAAAAAGGCCAACCGAUGAAAUUUUCAAAGAUGGUCUAAGCAUUCACGAAUUCACCGCCAUGGCAUUGCCGGACCAUGUCAAGGAGGUAGUUGAGCCCUCAUUGCUCCUCGAAACAGAUGAUGAAGAUGAUGAUGGCGACGGAUAUGGGAAUAAAAUACAGGAAAGAUCAUUGGCCAGAUACAAGGAUCCCGGCCCGGACAAAGCAAAAAGACUGGAGGAAUGCUUGUAUUCGGUGAUACAAAUAGGUAUCUCGUGCUCCACAAUAUCACCAGGAGAGCGGAUGCUUAUGCAUGUGGUUGUCAACAAAAUGGGUGCAAUUAGAGACUCAUAUCUCAACUUAAGAAGAAGAAGAUGAAGCUGAAGAUGAAGACGAUUGCAAUGUGCAACACCAGACUAAGUUUCUUUACCUAUUCCAAUCUAUACGUAGCUUUUUUCUGUAUGCAAUAAAUUAUCUGUAUAAAUGUAUGUGACAUCAUGUAAGAUUGAAUCAGUAUUUUAUCACUAUAUAUAUUUGUCUCUUCAUAA